GGUUAAACCUCUACAGGAAGUUUAUCCCGUGCGUGUAUAAAGACGCUUCCUGUGCUCCUCUUAAAAAGAAACAUAUUUUGAAACAUUCAUGGCUUGACGUUACAUAAAGAUACACGAAGCCAAAUAAACAGCAGCCCAAGAUGAACUACGUACCGGGGACGGCGAGCCUCAUUGACGACAUCGACAAGAAACACCUGGUGCUGCUCCGAGAUGGCAGAACACUGAUCGGUUACCUCAGAAGCAUUGAUCAGUUCGCCAAUUUAGUUUUUCAUCAGACAGUUGAGCGCAUCCACGUGGGGAAAAAAUUUGGAGACAUCCCCAGAGGAAUAUUCAUUGUGAGAGGAGAGAAUGUGGUGCUGCUUGGAGAGAUAGAUGUGGACAAGCCCUGCGACACGCUCCUGCAGCAGGUCUCCAUCGAAGAGAUCCUGGAGGAGCAACGGUUGCAGCAGCAAGCCAAACAGGAGACGGAGAAAGUCAAAAUGCAGGUCCUGAAAGACCGAGGCCUUUCCAUCCCCAAAGCCGACAACCUGGACGAAUACUAACGCGGCCUUGAUCUCCGGGGAGCCUCGUUCUCAGUUUGCGUCAGAACUGAGACAUUUUUACGUUGAGUUUGAGAGAGCAUGGGAGCGUUUUCUGUUGUUGUAUGGGUACAAGGCUGCAUCCUGCUGGGCCUGUAUACUAUAGCGUACUGUAUGAAUUUAAUUUGAAUUAACUGGAGAGAGAGAGAGAGAGAGAGAGAGAAAACAUGUGAUAGCUGCUCUCACUUUUUGCAGAUCAUGACAGAAAAAUGGAAAUAAUUCAUGUGUUUUUGAUCACUCUGUUCACAACUUAGCAAUUAUUUUACAGCAGCACUUUGUAUUUUGUCACUGAUAUGCUGUGUCUUUUUAUUUGGAGAUAUGUGGGCCUGCUAUUGACAAAACAAAAAACUUGCUAUGCUCCAUUAAAGAGUUUAGUUUUUCAUGA